UUCCCUCCAUUCCAGUUUCCAUCAUUUUUAUCAAACUCAAAGGUUAUCUAUUACCACACAGAAAAUAUGAUGUUUUUUAAGCAGUUUCUGUUCGUUCGCUCGUCAAUUCAAUAAUUUUCCAGUCGCAAAUCGUGCUGCACACACGUCAUGUGCUAACGCGAAAAUCCCUGCGCAUAGAAGUGAACUCCGUGACCCGACGGUGACCAAAUCAUAUGACUUGAAUGCACGUGAUAUUUACUGUGUGAGUGGACUUUUUCUGGCAUCAAGCAAGGCGAAAUUCGUGCUGCUCGUAAAUGAUUUUGAUCAGUGAGGGCUCGCUGAUAUGGCCCUAUUCAAUAAACUAUUCUCGAACCGGAGGGGCACACACAAUAAACACCAAGAGAAUGUCAGUGAGAAAUUUUUUGCAUUUAGUAAGGACCAAGUACGAGUUGUGUUAUUCAGAGAAUGUGAUUUCCGCGGCCGUAAACUUUUAUUCGACUCCAAUUCCGUCAAAAAAGUCCCCAUCGAUCCCACAAAAUCAGGCGAAGUCAUCAAAUCGGAAAAGGAAAAAUAUUCGGAAAUAUCUGACGGUUAUGGCUAUGUGUAUACAAAACCAGAACCCGACUUUAGUCAAGUUGCCGAAAUGGUUUUCGGUUCGGUAGCGAUGAGUUUUAGGGGUACUUCGUUCAAAAUGCACAACUUAGAGUCGCCAAACAGACUAAUGUUCACACAGGUUUUUUCUAGUCCUCGUUUUACAAACCAUGGUCGAGUUUCCAUUUCUAGUCGCAGUGAUGCUCAUAGCCUCGAACAUUCCAAAUUAGACGAUUCGGGUGCCAGUAGUACGAAUUCCAUGAGUGAACACUUAUCAGUACACAGUACAGCCUCAGAUACCGUUUUAGUUUGCAGACGACCUCAGAGUGUCCCAUUGGAUGUCCCCCUCUCCAACAGUGUAUCCAUGUCAAUCCCAAGUUUAAUCGGAGAUUCCGGAUAUAGUUAUAAUUCGUUUAAUAACCUCACAGCGGGGCCUCCAUCGUCCUGGGGAUCCAUUUAUGGUGACAAUGGUACUUCCACCAAAUCGUUGUCUUGUAGCAGCUUGUACAAACGUUGGUUGCGUCGCACGAGCACAUCUCUGGAAAACUCCGGGCAGUCUCUCGCCAAUUCCGGAUCCGUGCAGGACGGGGGGGAUCACAUGAGACACCACCGUAGUAGCAAAUUGGGUCUGGCACUCAUUCUGCAUCUCACAUCAGGACAGGAAGAGGAACUGGGUCAAUUCCUGAUGGAACACAUCUCUCUUGUUGAGUCAAUGUUGUGGCGGGCCCGUCAAGUCGUCGAAGUUGCCUACAUCAAGUCGCAGAAUUUCGCUUCAUUGAUGGUGGAGUUGGCGAAUAUCUCGGCCCAAUACCUAGUCAAUCUGCUCUCUGGUUCUUACCUUUCCAUGAAUUUGUGGCUGUCGCUGUCAAAUGGCUGUGAUAAUUACAACAGUAUUAGUGCAUUUAGUGAUAAGAGUUUAGUUGGGGGUGAUUUGAGUUGUUCUACCAGUUCGCUGAGUUCGUGUGGUAGUGGACUUAAGGAGGCGGAAAAUAGUGGGGAUUUUCAUUUGUUUAAUUUUACGAAAUUUUUAAAGACAGACCCGUUCAAUAUUAAGAAGAAUUUGUUUGGUGAAAAUAGGAUUAUUACAGCUGAAAGGUUCGUGCAGGAUUUUUGCGAGCUGUUGGAAGAUAUCGACAUUAAGGACACUAAUUUCUUCAUGAGCACUCUUCUGACUGCAGUGCUGACAUAUCACUUGGGUUGGGUCAACACGUGUUUGCCUUCGACCAGCGAUACUUCGCAAUCUAGACACCCGUUCAACCCCUUAUGGGGCGAAUUAAGCGAUCUGUUCGGGGCUGUAGGCCAUCCGACAAAGACAGCUCAAACCAUAAUCACUGGAACGAAUAAAAAAGAUCUUAUUUCGAAAUUGUUAGUUUCUAUGACGUAUUUCAUUCGCUGUUGUGACGUAGAUAGGAGAGUUCCAAUUCGUGCCGAUGUUCAAGAAGAAAACAAAAUUGUUGAAAAAAUCUGUCGAGAAUAUUCAUGCAUUCCAAAAGAGAAUUAUAAAAAAUAUGAGGAUCAUCUCAAGGAAAUUAUGAACUCUAACAAAGAAUUUUUCGAAAAGUGUCAUAAUAAUAAUAAUUCGGGUAAAAAUAACGAGUUGGAAAUGUCGUUCAAGGGGUUUAAGGCUUCUCCGGGGUUUAUUAAGACGCAUACGUGCUUAGGGAAUUUGUCUAAAUUAGCAGAAGAGGAUUCCUCCGAGUCUUUGUAUCCUUCUCUACAGGCUGUGAAAAUUGAAGAGUCUUCCAAUGACUCAAUUUUAUGUCCUCCAAGCAACGACGACAUUGUGAAAAAAGUCAAUACCUUAUGUAGAGUACCAAAAAGCACAGUUCUCUGCCAAAUGGAUAACCAAAAGAGUUUUGCAUCGAUUGUCAGUAUGGAAAAACAAAUGCGAAGCGAUGAUUCGGAUACCAAACCAUCAAUUUCGGAAAAUAUUGGAGAUGUAGUGUUCGUUUUGGGUGACAAUGAACAACUAGUAGGGAUAAAGAAGGAACCUGUAAAAAAACGACCCACAUUUUUAGACCUUUCCAAACAAAUUCGCCACAUGAAGGACGACACUUUUGACGACUCCGAUUUUGCCGAAAACACAGACAAAUCAUUGAUUAAACCCAGCACUUCGUGGUCAACUCGUGUGGAGAAAGAAAUCGGGGAAUCACAGAAAUCGAAAAAAUACCCUCGGGCGCAAAGUGAACCCCCUGAAGACCGGAAACUGGACGAAUCGAAAAGCCAGUCGAAGUACCGCUAUUCUGGUGUCAAAUUCACUCUACAGCAGUACCCCCAAAUCUUGUCAAAUUACAUGAAGAGUAAAAAUGUGGAAAUUUCAAAUUUACAAUUCGGUGAUAAAAGUUUGAAACUUGAUGAUUUGUCUCAACUGAGUGAUACUAUUAUUUCAAAGUACCCCGAAUUGGACGAAGACUACGACGAGGGCGAAGGUCUGCAAACGCCUUCCAACGCCUCCGAAUUGGAGUUUACGAGUGAUUUGUUCGUCCCCUCUUCCACGAAGCAGACAAAAGAAUCAAAUGUGGACUCAUCUAAUCAACAUGUGCCAAAUACAACUACUAAUUGUGAUGAGAUGAAGACUAAACGUAAAAUUUCGAAUAGUUGCUCAGUUUAUAAGAUGAAAGUUACCAAUUUGCCAAUGCCAAAGUCCAAAUUUUACAAACCUAUGAUUAGUCCUAUCAGAUAUACAUCGUCGUUGAUGAGGGCAGCUAGUGAUAGUUAUAUGCCGGAUAUGGUGUUGCAAGGACCAGUGGUACCAAAGCAAAAAUGGGAGUCGAAACUGAAGAGUGAUUUGGCCUUGGCGAGCCAACAUUCCCUUAUAGAUCAGCCGGUUGAAGAAGCUGUUGCCGUUAUUGCGAACACUGACACUUGGGAAGUGCAGCUCAUGUCGAGUCAUACUUUCCUCAUUGACAAGGGGUCAUCAGGGAUCAGGAUUGGCAUGUCUCAAUUGGUGUCAAACAUGUUGGAAUCGUUGCUCCAAAUGUGGAAACUUAAAGUCCCCCCACAUUACUGCCUCAUGCACAUUGAACAGACCCUUCAAGAACUCUGCAUAAGAUCUAAAGCUCUCGCUGAACUACUGUUGGCUACAGAGUUCUGUAAUAUGGAACAGUUGACAUCCGCUCUCCAAUUGGAAGUUAAUGACGUACCUCUAUUACUGGCUGUAGCUUCGACGCAUUCGCCACAAGUGACACAAAAAUACGGCCUCAGUUUUCAGUAAUUGUCAGUAUACAUAAUCUAUUCUUUAUUUUGUAUUUAUUUUGUAUAUAGUGUCAUUUUUUAAUUUAUAUGGAAUAAAGUUACUGUUCACUAAAGU